AGGUCACGGAAUGGGUGCAUUACCUGCAAGAACCGCCGCGUCAAAUGCGACGAGACAAGGCCUACUUGUCGCCGAUGCGAGACUGCAGGGAGGCAGUGCGAUGGCUACGGCGACACGACGGAUUCUGAUGGGACCUCGACGUCGAACAGCUUCCGGAUUGUCCAGCAUAUCCCCGGCAUUUCGAAGCCAACGCGAAUGUGGCAGACCCCCCAGUCGCCCGAUCUCAUCGCCGACGACGAGUAUCGCGCCCUGGAGUUCUUCCACCAGAAUACAACCCAGUCGUUCACUGCAGAUAUCGGAGUUCUGCUGCUUCAAGUCGCCUAUCAUCAGCCCAUCCUGAGGAGCAUCGCCGUCGCCAUAGGGUCUCUGCAUCGGUCAUUUGUCCUCCAUGGGAGAGGCCCUCUGGCAAACAGCAACGACGCGCAGUUCAUACUGCUUCACUAUAAUAGAGCCAUCCGAGAGCUGCUGUCAAUACAGCCAGAGACAGCCCAGCGAGAUGAAACGUUUCUGAUUGCUUGCAUCUUCUUCUUCUGUUUCGAGUGCCUUCGGGGUGAGUACAAGAAUGCCGUGCGCCAUGCAACUUCGGGCCUCAAAAUCCUCAAGCAACAACAGGCCUUGCCUGGGAGGGACUCGAUGCUGCCACCGGAGGCCAUCACUCUGCCAUUUUGCAUUCUGGAAACCCAAGUGUUGGAGAUCAAGGGUGAAGAGGCGCUCGAUGUUGAAUUACAGCCUGCGAUUCUUUCUUCCUUCUCGCACCCUAGCAUCAGCCCACCAAGCCCGACCUCUAAUGCCAACGAGAUGCUGAAGUCAUUCCACCUCUUCUGCAAUCGAUUCACGCGUUUCGAGGCGGCCUGUGGAGUCUUCUCGCAGAAACGCCAUCAUCGGGGGUUUGAAUUGCAGGGACAAGCACGACAGAUAGAGGAGAGCUAUUUCCACAUUCGGGGUGAUCUGGAAAACUGGUUGCACAUUUUCGAAGUCUGGCUUGACUCGUGUCAAAAUCAGAAGCAUCCAACUGUGAUGAUCAUGACAGUCUGGAGGCUGCUGAUGCGAGUCUUUCUUGAGCUGGACUGGCCACCUUCAGAGCUUUCCUGGGACCAGUAUAUCCCGGUCUUUGCAACAAUAAACUCGCUGGCUACAGAUAUAUUGCAAGAGCCGCGAGAAUCUCAACAAAGCAGCGCAAGGUCAAUGACGUCGACAUUUUCACUGUCCCUGGGCAUUGUUACCCCUCUGUUUAUCUGUGCUACUCGCUGCCGACUCUCCUCCAUCCGCCAUCGCGCCACCAAUCUCCUUUUGCAUUCCCGGCGGCGCGAGGGGCUUUGGGAUGCUGAGCUGGCAGGGCGUAUUGCGGAGCGGAUUGUGGGUUUGGAAGAGUCUGCUGCUGGAAUCAGGCCUGGGAUUGAGUACGGUCCCGGAGAGGUCGAUGUAUCUGCACGCAUCUCGUCCCUGUCGCCUUAUUUCACAGAGAGCAAGCAGGCUGACAUCGGAUAUAGCCGGAUGCAAGUUUCAUGCGGUGAU